AGUCUUCCUACCUUUUGCCAAGCAUGCUGCUGCCUGUGCCUAUCUAUCCUUGUUCCGCCAGAGGGGAUGGAGGUGGACCUAGUCCACCUAAUAGUUUCUCGAGGGGAAGAUCGCUCCUUCUCCCUAGGGGACCGCGUUGGCCCCGAUACGAGUGGGAAGGCUGCAGUCGCCCUAAUGAUUUAUUAUAUCUGGUUCAGGUUGACGCCAGGGAUUGAGCACAAGUUUGAAGCAGACUAGUACAGGGCCAAGUAGGAGUAUGCUUCAUAUUAUCCAUUUCAAAUGCCUUACAUAUCAAGGAUAUGGUAGAGGUCAUUCACGCAAUCUUCUUCAAGUGAAGCAUGCAUUUGAGCUGAUCAGAGUGAUAUUUGAGCUACUUUUAGCAUCAAAGGAUGAUACCUUCAUGGUCCUGGCAGCGGCGGCUUAUGGCAUGGUCUUUGCUGCUCAUCAUGAACAGCCUAUUAAGAAUGCAGCGUUGGAGGCAAUGUAUGACCUCCCCACAAGAUCACAGCUCUUACAGAUGGCAAACGAAGAUGGGGAGUCAGCUAUAUUGACAAGCAGUUCACCAGCAAAGGAUUGGGCACAAACUGGUGAAGAAGGGAGCUGUUGGCUUGGUUAGGUGUGGCAAAUCGGUCUGACUUGAUGUUUUAAAACUGGGUUAUUUGUCCCCCUGCCCACGUUGUUAUCUUUCUCAUGUUUUAAAUAAAGCAGUAGUCUCAUGUUUCAUAGAUGCAGAAGAGCAGAACUUGGAUGUUUGUGUUGCGGAUCGUUUAGUUACUGUUAAUUUCUAAAUAAACAUCUACUCUAUUGCUUCAUUUGAUGCUAUGGU